AGACAGGCAGCACGAACCGCAGAUCAGCAGCCACGGCCCCGCCGGGCUCUGCCCCUCACGGCCCUCCCUCAUCGCCCACCCCCGUGACUUGCCGCAGCGGGCCGCGCACAUGCGCACUCACCCCUCGAGCCCAGCGCCCCGCGCGGCUACUCCGCCUCGGCGCCUGUCAUUCACCGCGGCGCGGCUGCGAGUGCUGACUGCGGAGCCCGCCCGCCAGCUGGCUAGUGCACGCGCCCGCGAUGUGACCGACCCUAUGGGGGCGGGCUGGCAGCUCUCCGGGAGGUGGCACCGCGGCUCUUCUGCGGGGUUUCUAGUUGAGCGGCGAUUUCCUGGGAGCCUGAGGCACGCGCCAGGAGCUCGGAGCGCAGCGUUACAGAGCUCGCGGUAGCUGCAGCGCCCGGGUCCGCGGCCGGGUGCAGUUUAGUCGCUCCCGCCGCCGGUGCGCCCAGAGAGUGAGUGCCGGGCCGGGCACGCAGAGCUGUGGCCCUUGGUGCAGAGCAGCCGCGCCGGGUCCACUGCGGGACCAGCGGUGCGCGCAGCCAGAGUUUGCAGGGGCUGCCACGGAGCGCAGCCCCCCAACAAGACCGUGCCACCUGCGUCCGGAACACAUGAAGACCUUUUAUUAUUCAUCUGUUGCGGACAACUUCAGAUCUGGGAAAGGUAUUUAUUUCAAGGCCAAGAAAGAAGAGAGACUCUCUCCAUAACAACAUUUCAAAGAGAUACAUUGCGAGAGUGUGGAAUACUUUUUUGAACAAACGUCUCUCCAAGAAGCAUUACGGCUGGAGCAGGGGACAGUAGCCACCAGGGACUAAAAGCUCCCUUGGGAGCACACAGGCUUUGGAGUCCAGGCGGCCACACUCAACCCUGCUGCCCAAGUCCUGAGGCUGAUGCUUGGGGCAAGCAGACACGGCGCCCAGCCAUCCAUGCGGCCGCCUCUGAGCGACUGACUCCUCCCAUCAGCGGUGCCACUUCCUGCCCGCUCCGCCAUGGGACCGCCGGGCAGCCUGCUGGGCGGCGGACAGGCGCAGAUGCUCCUGUGGGGAAGUCUGGCAGCUGUGGCCAUGUUCUUCCUCAUCGCCUUCCUCGUCUUUCUGUGCUCUGGUUGUGACAGAGAAAAGAAGCCAAGACAGCACAGCGGGGACCAUGAGAACCUGAUGAACGUGCCUUCAGACAAGGAGAUGUUCAGCCAUUCAGUGACCAGCCUGGCAACAGAUGCUCUCAUUAGCAGUGAACAGAAUGGGGCACUCACCAAUGGUGACAUCCUUUCAGAAGACAGCACCCUGACCUGCAUGCAACACUAUGAGGAAGUCCAGACCUCAGCAUCAGACCUGCUGGACUCCCAGGACAGCACAGGGAAGCCCAAGUGUCAUCAGAGUCGGGAGCUGCCCAGAAUCCCCCCCGAGAGCGCUGUGGAUGCGAUGCUCAUGGAGAGGAGCGCAGAUAGUGAGCAGGGGCCAGGCACGGAGGGGCCGUACGAGGUGCUCAAGGACAGCUCGUCACAGGAGAACAUGGUAGAGGACUGCUUGUACGAAACCGUGAAGGAAAUCAAGGAGGUGGCAACAGCCGCACACCUGGACAGAGGCCACGGCAGCAAAUCCAGGUCGACUCCCACCUUGAAAGAGCUCCCGGGACCCCAAACGGAGGGCAAAGCAGACUUUGCUGAAUACGCCUCUGUGGACAGAAACAAAAAGUGUCGCCAGAGCAUUAAUGCAGAGAGCAUUCUUGGAACUUCGUAUGAUCCAGAAGAGGAGGCCCCACCACCUGUUCCUGUUAAGCUUCUGGAUGAGAACGAAAACCUUCAGGAGAAGGAGGUGAGCACAGCAGAAGAGUGGACCGCAGAGGAGACCGGGAAGACCAACAAGAGAUUUAGCUCGUUGUCAUACAAGUCUCGGGAAGAAGACCCCACCCUCACAGAAGAAGAGAUCUCAGCUAUGUACUCCUCAGUGAAUAAACCUGGGCAGGCAGUGCCUAAAUCAGGACAGUCACUUCAAGCACCAGAGACCACCUACGCCUCCAAUCCAGGGGCUCCUCAGAGGUCACCCUCUUCCUGUAAUGACCUCUAUGCUACCGUGAAAGACUUUGAGAAAACUCCCAAUAGUGUCACUGCACUUCCACCAGCAGGGAGACCCAGUGAGGAGCCAGAGCCAGACUAUGAAGCGAUACAGACUCUAAACAGGGAGGAAGAAAAGGCCCCCCUGGAGAUCAGUGGCCACCAUGGCCUUGUCCCUAAGGAGAAUGACUACGAGAGCAUUGGAGACUUGCAGCAAUGCAGGGAUAUCACCAGGCUCUAGCAAGGCAGAAGACUUCUCCAGAGAGCCUGUAUUAGCAUCUGGGGACAGUGCUUCUGUGGAAGAUAAAAGAUAUCAACCUAUAUUUUAUAUGCUGCUUUAGUAAACUGGAGAUAAUUGCAUAUUCCAUGACUUUUCCCAGGUUCUGUACAGGGAGGUACAGACCUGGUUGCCCCUGCAUGUGCACCUGCCUGCCUGCAGACAGGCAUACCCCAGCACAUGCACAAACUCCCUCUUGCACCAUUACCCUCCUCAGAAGAUCCUAGCUUCCAGGGGUUUAUCCCACAGGUGAGAAAACUGAGCUGUAAGGAAGAACUGCAGUCCACUUGCCUAAAAUACUGCCAUUCCGAAGAGUCAGGUUUUUCUUCCUCUCUUCUCUUUUCUCUUCUGCUACUAACUCUAACAUAUGUGGCAUUUUCCCCUUGAAAUCUUCUGAUCUCUAUGGCUCAUUCCAAGGAAAUCCUCCCAUAGGGCUUGGCACUAGCCUUCAACAGACACGUUUGGAAGAUGAAAGCCUGUGGUUGCUGGUUUCCAUCCAGAUCCCCAGUCCUCUUCCCAGAACUACCCUAGCAUCCCUGGGGAAUCCAGACUCUGGAGGAGAAUAGGUUUGGGGCAGGAUGUCCCUUGAGCCUCGUAGGUCCUUGCUCCUUUUUAGGUUGGCACUGCAAAUCAGCAGCCUUUCCCCAAAGCAUUUGCAGUCAGUUUUAAAUGCUUUGUCUUAUUUUUCUACUCAAAACUUUUUCUUCCACAAUGUUCAGAAACUCAUCAGAGCCUUUUUCAGUAUUUUCAGCAAAUAUCAUGGUACUUCUGUACUUGUUUCAGCCCAGAACUCAUUCGUUCAAAACAGAGAGCCUUAAUCUUUACAUUGGAACACAGACCACACAUGUGGACAGCAGCCGUGGCUUCUUUCCCCAAGGGCUAUGGACGUGAAUAUGCACUUCCGGGGAUCUCUGCCGCCACCCCACCAGUGUGGACUUUCAUAAGUUAUCUCCUACCCUAAGGUAAUCUAUCUAAGAUUAAAAUGUAAACAUUUAUUUUUAUUAUAUAAAUUUAUAAGAUGUUUUAUGUUUAAUGCCUAAUUUCUAGAAAGUGCCAGAAAAUGUAUAUUAACUAUUUUGAUUUUAUGUACAAUGAUUUUACUCUCAUUUUGAAAAGACAUCGUGAAGCACAUAAGCUAGAUAAUUAUAAGUAGUUAUCCUUUUUUUUAAAUGAGUGUUUGAAAUGUUGAAGGUUUGUUAACAACCCAGCUUUGCAAUGGUACUUGGAGUUUCUACUUCAAAUCAACUGAACCACUGGAGAAAUAAAUGCAGUGGACCUAAAUAAUCAUUUUCCAUGGUUGGGGUGAGCAAUAUUGAAAUAUCUGAAAUGGAAAAAAUGGAAAAAUAUGGCUAAUGAAUUAUGAACCUCCUAAAAGUAUCAUACUUUCACUAAAGUUUAAUGACAUUUUUCAAGAAAACAAUGAUAAAUUCUGCAGUUCAGUGAUUGCUAAUGCAAAAUGCCUAUUAGAAUUUUUUUCUUCGUUUUACAAAAAUCAGUGGCUGAAAUAGCUCAGAUUAAGUACUCAGCCUGGUUUGAAUUUAAUCGUUAUUUUAGAUCUGAUAAGGCCACCAUUGGAAAAUUGUUCACUUUUCAAUUUAAAAGGAGCCUAGUUAAAGUACCAUCAUGAAGUGUGAACUACAAAAAGGAAACAUUUCCCACAAUGAUAAAGAAGUAAGGCCAUUAUCUCAUACCUCUGUGACAUCUGUGACUAUAAAGAUUUAAUAAUCUUGCUGUUUUCCCUCCUUCUGACAAAGAAUGCAAUUGGGAGGAUGAUGCAUCCUUGAAAAUUGUAGAGGCCACCAUGCUGGCCUGUAUUUCUGACCUUGUAUUCAUGGACUGGCUUUCUGACUGCUCUGUAGUACACUUCUGAGAUUGUUAAGAGAACUCUGUUGGUUGGUUGUCACUACCUUUCCGUCAGCCUCAUCUCUUCCAGGAAGACAUCAUGUGCAUAAGCACAAUCAUUGUUGAUUACAAAGUAUUGGCAGAAUACCCUUGAAUCCCUUGAGCAGACUUUAUCAGGAAAAUGCGAGUACUUCGUCUCUGAAUUCAGAUCUUCCAUAAGUACUGCUUUGCCUGCUGAUUUUCACCACUUUGUAUUAAUGAGUUUGACCCAACAGUCUCUCAGGUCACAAAGUUCUCUUAGUGCACAGUGACGGCCAUGUCUCACUACACACCUGCAUUGUGCAGGCUCAGUACCUUACAGCUCAGAUGUUUUAUUGCAUUUCCUAGUGUCUUACUUAUCACCAGGGAAGUAGGUAUGAUCUCUAAAGUGUAAAACCCUUUCUUCAUUAGAGAUAAGUUCAUUAUAAAUAAUCAUGUGAUCUUCACAUUUCAAGUUUUCAAAUAUAAAUUGUGCAAUCUAGUCAUAAAAUAUGCACUGAAAUAUCUCUCUUAAUUUGAGAACCAGUGAUAAGAGUAAGUUGUGAUAGAAAAUAUUUUAAAAGGAACUGGAAGGCCUUCCAGCAACAAUUCUGAAAGAACAAAUGACAGAAUAGUCCAUAAGACCUAGGAAAGGGAGGAACAAAAGUGCUCUUCAGAGCACCGGCUACUUUGUUGAACCAUAUUUAUUGAAGUAACAUUAUUGUUUCCCCUUUAUUGUACAGUUUUUCAUAAAUUCAUCUCUUUCACUUUGUUCAAAAUCUGUGCUUGAAUCUGUGAGUUAGACAGAAGCCUAUAGAUUCUUUUAAAAGUUUCAUGUUGAGCUAAAUGCUACAGAGUUUAAAUAUAUGAAAGGUAGAUAUAAAGAACAGAAUUCACUGUAUAUUUAAAAUUCACCAUUGAUAUCCAUAGUAUGCAUCCAAUUAUAAUGGUCUAGGUUAUGUGAACUUAGAUAAAAAGAUAAAAAUAAAUUUUAGGCAGGUUUUUGUUCUAUAAAUCAGAAUUAUAGAUCUAUCUUGGUUAGGCAUAGUGGCAUCUUUUUGUUCAGGUAAAUUGAAAGUAUAGAAGCAUUUCAUGCUGAUUUUAAUAUUUCCCAACUAUAGUCACCAGGGAGAUAUAACUGUUUUAUAUGAAAUGUUUGAGAAAUCCUAGAAGAAAGUAGUUUUUGGAAAUAUGUUGGCUACAUAGUUUUUUUCUUAUCCUGAUCUAAAUUACAUCAUUAAGUCUGUUAAAAUAUUGUACCAGUAUUCUGUGUAGGGGAAAAGGUUAAUCAUUGAUUAUCUGCCCUCAGAAUCCCAGAGUUAAUUGUAAUUGAGUGUUAAAUUAACAAUAGGUAGUCAACGCUGAGAACUAAAAUUGAACCUCAAUAUGUCACUCUGCUUCUCUGGAUUAUUCUUUUUUAUAAUUAGAGCAUCUAUUUACCUUAACCAGUAAUAAACUAUGUAUGUAUACACACAUGUAUGUAGGCAUGUAUAGUUGGUGCUGGCACAGUUCUGGUGCAAUCAAUUAAUUAGGAUAUGUUGUAUUAUGUAUUUGGAAUGUUUAUCCUAUUAGUGUUGUGAACUUUUGUCAUAAAAGCAGAAUUAGAAGAAACAGUUUUCCAUAGUUUUUAUUUGGUAAUUAUAGGAAAACCUUCUUAAGUCACCCCCAUUUAAUUUUUCCAAUGAACAUAUUCCAGUUUUUAAUUGUGUCCAACAUUCUCUUGACUGAAAACCAGCAUAUUUUAAGAUAGUUUUGUCACACAUGUAACUCAUUUUGUAUUCAACCUGAGAGGAGGAAAUGUAAAUAGGUGUACUUCUCAGAUAAGUGUUCAAGAAGACAUUUGGCCAAAAGCAACAAGACAGGAAGCCUGAGCCAGAAUGGACCCUGGGCAAGGUGGGCCCCACCUGCCAGGUAGUAGGGGCAGAAUUGGGUACCAUUUGGUGGCAAUCUCUUUAAAACCCCCAGGUUUUACAGCAGAAUCAACAGUCAGUGAUGCAAUAUGAUGUGAUAAAAGCUGCUCUGAGAUGAUACCCUGGCUACGAUUACAGAGCCUCACUUCAAGACCAAAUUAGGAUUUUAUAAAUGAGUAAAUGAUACCUUCUUCAAUGCUCCAUGUAAUCACGUGGUGCCGUUCUUCUCAAAGUGUUGAUUUCUGGUCCCUACCAGCUUAGCUUUGGCUGCUGGAAGCACAGUAGGUACUGACAGUUAUUUCCUAGGAAUCUUCACAGGCUUAUUGUACUGUGUAAUUGGGAAAAGUGAAAGUGUAAUGUUUGGUGUUAAUAAGUGACUGGUGUGAAAAUAGGAACAUGUGUCUGUGAUAUCAAGUAUGGUUUUAUUUGCAGUGAAAUCUAAAUUUUUUAUCUUGUAGUAGUAUUUUCUCACUCUAUAUCUUUUCUUAAUACAUUAUUCCUAAUAUUGGCAUUAAACAAGUUGGACACAUUUAGAUUUAAAAUGUUUGACUUAAACAGAUCAGCCCAGAAAUGAUGAUAAAUAAGAAUCUUUAUCUGGAAUUACUAAAUUAACUUUUAAUGUAAUGGUCCAGAAGAGAACAAACAUUUAUAUGUGUAUGUUUUUCUUUAAGCCUAUUGCUCAUUUUUAAGUGUUUAUUUCUACAUUCUAAUAUUUGCAAUUACCUCACUGUUUUUCAGAUUCUUUUUAUUUAAGUGAGAAAUAGUUCAAAUUCUUCCUAAUAUUUGAUGAAGUGAGAAAUGUGAUUGUUAAAAAAGACAUUUUUAAAAAGCGUUCAAUUUGGUAUUCAUUUAUCAUAAUGCAGAAAGAGUUUUCUUUGCUUACAGCUUACAUAUUAUGGAUGCUUUUCAAAAAUGUAUUGUGCUCUUAUUGUCUCUUAUCAGCUUGUAUGAUAGAUUAUAAAGGUUGGUGAUUGUUGUUCCUCAGACUUCUAUAUGUUAAGCUGGCAGCAGUAAAAUGUUUUAAUGCCAUUACCUUUUAAAUAAUUGUAUUAUAUUAACAUACCACGUGUUUUCUGGGUAACUUUGAAAGAGCCAAACAAAAGUCUGUGAGAAAUAGGAAUUGAUAUUUUGUUAUUCGUGUAGUUUUUCCUCAUAAAAAUGGUUAUCCCAAAAUUAACACGUUAUCUCUUAGGGUUCACAAUAAAAGUACUCCUGCUUACUCAAAAACAGUAAAAAAAAAAAAAAAAAUGACACUUACCAACAGUUUUGUUCAUUGUCUCAAAAGAUCUUCAUAAAUGAUCAAAUUGUCUAGUUCUCAAGAGUGGAAAAUUGUUUUCAAUAGCAAGAAUUUUAAACCUUAGUUUAAAAGUCCAGAAUUGUCUCAUGUUAGAUUCAACAUCCUAUCGUUUCCCUUUCCCUGACUCUAGUCUUAUUAAGGAGGAAGUCUAAAGAAUGGGGACACAAAAGUCACUAUUUCUUCCUGCCUUGUGUUGGCUCCUCCUGUGUAGGUUCUUUCACUGUCCGCUCUGUACAGCACCAACCCCCACCCAGCUGCUCUGUGUCAUAUCUUCCUCGGUUCUGGCCACAAUUCCCCAAUAUUACAGACCCUGCCUGACAACACAGACAUUCUCCAUCCUGGGUGGAUGACCAGACAACAGCCCCCGUCAAAUUCUCCUGCUUCUCAGUCUACCAAGAUGAGGAUGAGGCCCCAUAUCUGCCUAGGGAAGCAAAUGCUAGUAUUGUCAUCAGUUUUGCCAAACCAUAUACAUUCCUGCCACCUCUCAUGAGCCUGGUUGACACAAGGGGACCAUGGAAAACACUUUUUUUUAAUGUUGUGGAGGAAUCAAACUCACAAAUACAGAAAUAUCAGUACCAUACUCUCACCAAGUGACAAGCUCACUGUCCCCUGCAGUAUUUUGAGACUGUCUUGUGUCUCCUUAAGUCCCAGGGAAGGAACAGCCUCACUGACCACCGUGUUGAAGGAAAACCCUUGUAUCAGCUGCAGAGCAGUGUUACAAGUAAAGGAGGAGAAAGCUAAUUGUUUUUAAGGGGGGAAAAUCCUUCUGAUGACAAUUCAUCAUUUUUAAAGUAAACUUGAGCAUAGAAUAUCUUAGCCGUGCAGCUGUUGGACUCCCUCCCCUUGGGAAAUGGUAAUCCUACGUUGUGUUAGUUAUAACCGCUUUGCUCUACUCUCUCAGAUCUAAGAAAACAAAAUGUUCAAGCAUCUAAAUGGGGAGUUGGCAGAUACUGAGAGAAACUGGGCCAUGCGUAGGGCAAAGAGUCUGGUUUUUGGAGUGAGAAACCAGGUACCCUUUACCUACUGGCAAAGGUGAUGGAGCGAGGAAGCAGUUGAGGUUCUCAUCAUCGAUACACUAAGGAAGCUGAGUGCAUAAAGUUUUGAUUUUUUACACUUCAUUGUAAGUCACUGUAGUUCAUUUCUUAAUGGCUAUUUUAGAGUAUAAUUUUUUUCAGAAUUAACAAAAUAGAUAUCUGCUCAUUCUCUUUCUACAUGUUUGUAAAGCCCACCUGGUUAGUAUACCCUGGACUAGGACACAGUUAGGGCUAGAACACAGAUCGGUCUUGAAGCUCCUCUCCAGUUCACAACUCGUGUCCUGAUGUCAUUCUUUGGUUUUAUUUAGUUUCUUUCUUUAACUCAACACAUUGGAAACCAUGAGACUAAAACAAUUUCCUUUCCCUUUCUUAAGUUUAGAGGGGAUUGUUUUUAAUCUUUAGCUUCCCCGCUUAGGUAGUGAAAACUUUUUGAAUGACAGCAGUGACCUUCCCUAGGUAAAGCCACUAAAACUGAAAGCCAAAUUCCAUUCCUUUGACAAAUAUCCAUGUAUUUUCUAGGUGAAACCAGUAAAUGAACCUCACAUGAUGUUCACUACCCAUCCUUAAGCUUGGUGACUGGCCGGCUUUUUAAAAUUUUAUUUUUGGAAUACAGGCAUCUCAUAUUUUUUCUGAAGCCACACUAGCCUAAUUCCUAUUGCUUCCCCACAUUAGCCUACCCAUGUCCCAGCAAGUGGCAGUGCCUCCAGCGCUGCCUGUUUUGUGGGCAAAAGUCAUGUGAAAAAUACCCGGAAAGAUGGGUUUUAGGUUUAAGUUCACAAUCAUUUGGGAACAUUCUACACCAUUAGGUUCUGACACUCUUUAAAAAAAUUUUUUUAGUACUGACUACAUAUUUUACUGGGGGAGGAACUGAAAGGAAAAUUUGAGCCAAGUGAUGUGGUUGACUCCCUGCCCUAUGUUUGUUUGUCUCCCCAGAAAAUAGAUUAGCCCAUGUCUACCACUCAAGAGUCUUCUGAGAGUAAACAGUGAAUGUGUAUAAAUGAGAAAAAUUAUCUCAAAGAUCUAAUUUUUGGUUUAGAUAUUUUCUUCUUUUUAAACUCAGGAAUAAACCUGGUUUGUGGGUAGCAUAAUAUAGCUGUUAAAACUAAUUUGUAGGUGACUAGAGGGUCCUUUUAAAUAUAAUUUUUCUAAAGACUUCUAACUUUGUUUCAACUCGGAAGAGAAACCCUUUGAAUUAAGAAAAACAAAACAAAACAACUUCCACAAGCUCCUUCUAGGAGAGAGUAACAUCAGUCUACCAUCUUUCCCAAAGUGUUUAUUUCUUGCCUGUUGUAUCUCAGUUUUUAUGAGUGAAAAACAAGGUGCAUGUUUUUUAUUUCUUGGAAAAGUGAAUUGAGGUGUUGCAUUAAAUUUUCAAAUGAGACAACUUAAUCAAAAGAAAAGCAUUGGUUUUGGAGACAAGAACACAGGGCUGUGGUUCCUGUUCCAACCCUGACUUUACUGUGUGACCCCAAGCAAAUUAUUUAACUUCUCUGUGCCUCAAUUUCUCCAUAUAUAAAUGUGGGGAUGAUACCAACCAUUGCCUACCUCAUAGGGACAUUUGGGGGACAAAUGAGAUAAUAUAGAUAAGUAUGAAUGCUUUCACCUCUUUGGAAGAAAGGUGCUAUAUAAUUGAAGUUGUCUUGUUUCAAUGAUCCAAUUGUUAAUUAUGUUUAGGGUUUAGAUAAUAGCAAUAUUGUUAGUUAUGUUAAGAGUACCUUUCGAUUUAAUGCAUAUUUCCAGUUCUCUUCUGUGGCCACAUCUUGAUCAUCUAGUAAUGGUACCUAAGGAACUGAAAUGAGUAUUUGUUUUCUAUGUUUCUCCUGGUAGUAUUUCAAUUAUGAAUAUUCAGAAAAGCCUGGAGUUUAACUUGUAAUAUCUUAUAGUUUACAUGUAAUGAACCUUAUUCAAGCUGUAUAUAAAAAGUAUAAUUAUAGGUAAAGUAUAAUUACAAGUAAAUAGCAGGUACAUUGUAAUUAAAGGCACUUUUCACAUUGUCUUUGUUCUUUUUUAAUUGUAAUAAAGGUCGGUUUUAUAUAAAA